AUGGCCCUGGUCCUUGGGGUCUUCAGCCUACUGGGCUCAGCCUGCCUGGGGUCAGCCAAUAUCUUUGAGUACCAGGUAGAUGCCCAGCCACUGCGCCCCUGUGAGCUGCAAAGGGAACGUGCCUUUCGGGAGCGAGCAGACUAUGUGCCCCAGUGCUCCGAGGAUGGCAGCUUCCAAACCGUCCAGUGCCGGAAUGAUGGCCGCUCCUGCUGGUGCGUGGGCGCUAAAGGAGGGGAAGUGCCAGGUAGCAGGCAGGCUGGACGACCGGUGGCUUGUCUGUCCUCCUGCCAGCUGCAUAGGCAGCAGAUCUUGCUGAGUGGUUACAUCAACAGCACCGCCACGUCCUACCUUCCUCAGUGCCAGGAUUUCGGGGACUACGCGCCCAUCCAGUGCGACGUGUGGCAGGCGCAGUGCUGGUGUGUGGACGCAGAGGGAGUGGAAGUGUAUGGGACACGCCAGCGGGGGAGGCCCAGACGAUGUCCGAGGAACUGUGAGAUAAGAAACCGCCGCCUUCUCCAUGGGGUGGGGGACAAGUCACCACCCCAGUGUUCUGCGGAUGGGGAGUUCAUGCCUGUGCAGUGCAAAUUUGUCAACACCACGGACAUGAUGAUUUUCGAUCUGGUGCAUAACUACAACAGGUUUCCAGAUGCAUUUGUGACCUUCAAUUCCUUCCGGAGCAGGUUCCCCGAGGUGUCUGGGUAUUGUCACUGUGCUGACAGCCAAGGGCGCGAGCUGGCUGAGACAGGUUUGGAGUUGUUGCUGGAUGAAAUUUAUGACACCGUUUUUGCUGGCCUGGAUCUUGCUUCUACCUUCACCGAAACCACCCUGUACCGGAUACUGCAGAGACGGUUCCUAGCUGUUCAAUUAGUCAUCUCGGGCAGAUUUCGAUGCCCCACGAAGUGUGAGGUGGAGCGGUUUACAGCAACCAGCUUUGGUCACCCCUACAUUCCAAGCUGCCUCCGAAGCGGGAGGUACCAGGCAGUGCAGUGCCAGACGGAAGGGCCGUGCUGGUGUGCGGACGCGCAGGGCAAAGAAGUCCCCGGAACUCGGCGGCGAGGGAAGCCAUCUUGUGCUGAAGAUCAGUCUUGUGCCUCUGAAAGGCUACAGGCCUUGUCCAGACUGUACUUCGAGACCUCGGGCACCCUUAGCCAGCAAGACCAAUCCUCUCCUCCUGAGAGAAGACGGGCCUCCACGAGAGUGGCUGGAUUUGCCACUUCCUGCCCACCCGUGAUCAAGGAGCUCUUUGUUGACUCCGGGCUUCUCCGCCCAGUGGUGGAAGGGCAAGUCCAGCAGUCUUCUACCUCGGAAAGUCUCCUCCAAGAAGCCAUCCAAGCAAUUUUUCCAUCCCGAGAGCUAGUCCGUCUUGCCCUUCAGUUUACCACCAACCCAAAGAGACUCCAGCAAAAUCUCUUUGGAGGGAAAUUUUUGGUGAAUGUUGGCCAGUUCAACUUGUCUGGAGCCCUUGGCCCAAGAGGCACGUUUAACUUCAGUCAAUUUUUCCAGCAACUUGGUAUCUCCGGCUUCCAGGACAGAGAGAGACUGGAAGACCUAGCCAAGCCUCUCUCUGCAGCACUGGAUUCAAAUUCCUCCACAGAGACCCCCAAAGCCUCUAAGAAGGGUGCUGCUAUGAAUAAGCCCAUUGUGGGCAGCUUUGGCUUUCAAGUUAACUUACAAGAGAAUCAAAAUGCCCUCCGAUUCCUUGCUUCUCUCCUGGAGCUUCCAGAAUUCCUUCUCUUCUUGCAGCAUGCCGUUUCUGUGCCAGAAGACAUAGCAAGAGAUUUAGGUGAUGUGAUGGAAGUGGUGCUUAGCUCCCAGACCUGUGAGCAGACACCUGGAAGGCUAUUUGUCCCGUCAUGCACGGCAGAAGGAAGCUAUGAGGAUGUCCAGUGCUUCGAUGGAGAGUGCUGGUGUGUGGAUUCCCAGGGCCUAGAGCUCCCUGGUUUGAGAGUCAGAGGUGGACGACCGAGGUGCCCCACAGAGUGUGAGAAGCAGAGGGCUCACGCACAAAGCCUCAUGCGUAGCCAACCCACCGGGUCCAAGUUGUUUGUCCCUGCUUGUACUAGUGAGGGGCACUUCCUACCUGUCCAGUGCUUCAUCUCAGAGUGCUACUGUGUUGACACGGAGGGUCGGGCCAUUCCUGGAACUCGAAGUACAACUGGAGAACCCAAGCAAUGCCCCACACCUUGUCAGUUACAGGCUGAGCAUGCUUUCCUUGCGACGGCGAGGGCCCUGCUGUCCAAUGCCAGUAUGCCACCCGCCCUCUCCAGAAUCUACAUCCCGCAGUGUGGCGCCAAUGGGCAGUGGAGACACGUGCAGUGCGAUGGGCCCCCCGAGCAGGUCUUCGAGUGGUACCAGCGAUGGGGGGCUCAGAACGACAGCCAGGCGCUGACCCCUGCCCAGCUGCUCAUGAAGAUCCUGAGCUACAGAGAAGCAGCUUCUGGAAAUUUCAGUCUCUUUAUCCAAAGUCUGUAUGAGGCUGGCCAGCAAGGUGUCUUCCCAGUGCUGACACAAUACCCUUCUCUCCAAGACGUCCCCCUAGCAGCGUUGGAGGGGACCUCGGCCCAGCUCGGGGAGAACAUCCUCCUGGAGCCCUACCUCUUCUGGCAGAUCCUGGAUGGCCAACUCAGCUGGUACCCAGGGCCCUAUGCAGACUUCAGCACUCCGUUGGCGCACUUCGACCUCCGGAACUGCUGGUGUGUGGAUGAGACUGGCCGAGAAGUGGAAGGAACGCGGGCUGAGCCGAGCAAGCUCCCAGCAUGCCCUGGCUCCUGUGAGGAGGCAAAGCGUGGUGCUCUGCAGUUCAUCCGGGAAGCAGAAGCAAUGGCCACGGUGUCCAAUGGCUCCUGGGUCCCCCUGGGAGAGAGCUUCCUGGCGGCCAAGGGCAUCCGGCUGACUGGCGAGGAGUGGGACCUUCGCGGGCCCCUCCCAUCGUGGGAUGCUCUCUCAGAGAAGUUUCUGCGUGCGGGUGACUAUGCCCUCCGCCUGGCGGCUCAGUCCACCUUCACCUUCUAUCAGAGACACCGCUUUUCCCUGGGUGAUGCAGCUGAAGCCUCUGCUCUUCUGUCAUUGGGUCCCUACGUGCCACAGUGUGAUGGAUUUGGAAGUUGGGAGCCCGUGCAGUGCCACGCUGGGACUGGGCGUUGCUGGUGUGUGGAUGGGAAGGGAGACCUCAUCUCUGCCUCGCUGACUGCCCGCUCUCAGGUCCCUCAGUGCCCCACGACCUGUGAGAGAUCUCGAACCAGUGGACUACUUUCCAGCUGGAAGCAGGCUGGGUCCCAAGACAACCCAUCUCCAAAAGACCUGUUCAUCCCAACAUGCCUCGAGACAGGAGAGUAUGCCAGGUUGCAGACGUUGGAGGCUGGCCCCUGGUGUGUGGACCCCACCUCGGGAGAUGGGAUGCCGGCGGGUUCCAACAGCAGCACCCAGUGCCCAAGCAUCUGCAGUGUGCUCCAGAGUGGCGCGCUGUCCAGGACAACUGGCCCUGGCUACAUCCCAGCCUGCGGGGAAGAGAAUGGAAGCUUUUCCCCAGUGCAGUGCGACCUGGCCCAGGAUAGCUGCUGGUGCGUCACGGGCAGUGGACAAGAGGUGCCCGGGACCCGUGUGGCCGGGAGCCAGCCUGCUUGUGAGAGCCCGCGGUGCCCACUGCCGUUCAAUGCAUCCAUGGUAGAUGGUGGAACCGUCCUGUGCAAGAUGGCCUCGGGCCUGGGUGGGGUCGCCAUCCAGCAAUGCCAGCUGCUAUGUCUCCAGGGCUUCCAGAGUGCAUUCCCACCGGUGCCAUUGGUGUGCAGCCUGGAGAGUGGACGCUGGGAGUCACAGCUGCCUCAGCCCCGGGCCUGCCAGAGGCUCCGGCUGUGGCAGACCCUCCAGACCCAAGGCCACUUCCAGCUCCAGCUCCCUCAAGGCAAGAUGUGCACAGAGGACUACACGGGCUUGCUGCAGGCAUUCCAGGUCUUCCUGCUGGACGAGCUGACGGCCCAGGGCUUCUGCCAGGUUCAGGUGAAGACCCCUGGCACCCUGGUGUCCAUUCCUGCCUGCGACAACUCCUCUGUACAGGUGGGGUGUCUGACCAAGGAGCGUCUAGGAGUGAAUGUCACAUGGAAGGCACGGCUUGAGGAUAUCCUGGUGGCCUCUCUUCCCGAUCUGCACCACAUUGAGAGGGCCUUCGUGGGCAAAGAUCUCCUCGGACGCUUUGCAGACCUGAUCCAAAGUGGCACGUUCCAGCUUCAUCUGGAUUCUAAGACGUUCCCAGCAGACACCUCCAUCCGCUUCCUGCAGGGAGACCGCUUUGUUGCCUCUCCCAGGGCAUGGCUUGGGUGCCUGGAAGGAUUCCACCGAGUCUCGACCACCAGUGAGGCCAGUCAGGACCCAGUUUGGUGUGUCAAGUGUCCCGAAGGAAGCUUUUCUCAAGAUGAGCAAUGCAUUCCCUGUCCUGUCGGAUUCUACCAAGAACGGGCAGGUAGCUUGGCCUGUGUCCCAUGUCCUGUGGGCAGAACAACCACUUCUACUGGAGCUUUCAGCCAGACUCACUGUGUCACUGACUGUCAGAGAAAUGAGGCAGGCCUGCAGUGUGACCAGAACGGCCAGUACCGAGCCAGCCAGAGAGACAAGGACAGUGGGAAGGCCUUCUGCGUGAACGACAAGGGGCAGAGGCUGCCGUGGUCGGAAACAGAGGCACUACUUGAGGACUCGCAGUGUCUAAUGAUGCAGAAAUUUGAGAAGGUCCCAGACUCAAAGGUAACCUUCAGUGACGACACUCCUCUGGCGGCCAGGUCUACAGUUCCUGGUUCUGAAUUCCCGCUGAUGCAGUGCUUGGCAGACUGUGCCAAGGAUGAGGCUUGCAGCUUCCUCGUGGUGUCCACAACGGGAUCAGAGGUUUUGUGUGAUUUCCAUGCUUGGACAAGUGACAACGUUGCCUGCACGACUUCCGGCCAGGUGCAAGACGCAUUGGGGAACCCAAAGGCCACCGGCUUUGGAAAUCUUAGCUGCCAGGUGAUAGCAAGGAGCCGUGGGCAAGAUCCCCUGGCUGUGUAUUUGAAGAAAGGCCAGGAGUCCGCCACCACACUCCAGAAAAGCUUUGAACCCACUGGUUUCCAGAACUCGCUCUCUGGAUUGUACAGCCCCGUCGUGUUCUCGGCCGCAGGAACCAGCCUGACAGAGGCACGCCUCUUCUGUCUUCUCGCCUGUGACCGUGAUUCCUGCUGUGAUGGCUUCAUCCUCGUGCAGCUCCGAGGAGGUCCUAUCAUCUGUGGGCUGCUCAGCUCCCCCGACGUCCUGCUUUGUCACGGCCAAGACUGGAUGGACCCCUCUGCAGCCCAAGUGAACGCCGCGUGUCCCGGGGCAACCUAUGACCAGGAGAGCCGACGGCUGAUGCUGCGUCUGGGAGGCCAGGAGUUUGUUGCGAGUCUGAUGCCUCAGGAAGGAACUCAAGACAGCUUGACCAGCUUCCAACAGGUUUAUCUCUGGAAAGACUCGGACAUGGGUUCUCGGCCUGAGUCUGCGGGAUGUGAAAGGAUCACAGCGCCAAGGCCAGCCACUCCAGCAGAAACAGGUUUGGCAACAGAACUGUUCUUCCCUGUGGACCUUGACCAGGUCAUCAUCAAUGAAAACCGAUCUCUGCCCAGCCAGCAGCACUGGCUUUUCAAACACCUGUUUUCAGCCCAGCAGGCAAACCUUUGGUGCCUUUCCCGUUGUGUGCAGGAGCCCUCCUUCUGUCAGCUUGCAGAGGUAACAGAGACAGCACCCUUGGCCUUCACCUGUGCCCUCUACCCAGAGGCCCAGGUGUGUGACAGCAUCAUGGAGUCCAGUGCCCAAGGCUGCACACUGAUCCUGCCCCACAAACCAAAGAGCCUGUUCCGGAAAAAAGUUGUACUGCAAGAUAAAGUGAAGAACUUCUACACUCGCCUGCCAUUCCAGAAACUGACGGGGAUUUCCAUUCGAAACAAAGUGCCCAUGUCUGAAAAAUCCAUUUCCAGUGGGUUCUUCGAAUGUGAACGUCUGUGUGAUGUGGACCCGUGCUGCACUGGCUUCGGUUUUCUAAACGUUUCCCAACUAAAAGGAGGGAAGGUGACGUGCCUCACUCUGAAUAGCUUGGGACUUCAGACGUGCAGUGAGGAGAACAAAGGAGCCUGGCAUAUUUUGGACUGUGGCUCUCCAGACAUCGAAGUCCGAACCUAUCCCUUUGGAUGGUACCAGAAGCCCAUCACUGAAAACAACGCUCCCAGUUUCUGCCCUUCCGUUGUUCUGGCUUCUCUCACAGAGAACGUCUCUUUGGACUCAUGGCAGUUCCUGGGCCCCUCUGCAGUAGAUUUGGAUCCAUCCAUCAGGAACUUUGAUGUUGCCCACGUCAGCACUGCGGCCACCAGCAACUUUUCUGUGGCCCGGGAUCUCUGUCUGUUGGAAUGUUCCCGCCAUCCAGCCUGCCUCAUCACCACACUGCAGACCCGACCUGGGGUCGUGAGAUGUAUGUUCUACACUGACACCCAAAGCUGCACACAUAGCCUGCAGGGCCAGAACUGCCAACUUCUGCUGCGUGAAGCGGCCACUCACAUCUAUCGGAAGCCAGGCAUCCCUCUGCUCAGCUAUGAAGCCUCUGCCCCUUCCGUGCCGAUUGCCACCCAUGGCCGGCUGCUGGGCAGGUCCCAGGCCAUCCAGGUGGGCGCUUCAUGGAAGCAAGUGGACCAGUUCCUCGGAGUUCCAUAUGCCACCCCACCCCUGGCAGAGAGUCGCUUCCGGGCACCAGAACCCUCGAACUGGACAGGCUCCUGGGAUGCCAGCAAGCCAAGGGCCAGCUGCUGGCAACCAGGUGCCCUGACAUCCACGUCUCCUGGAAUCAGCGAAGAUUGCUUGUAUCUCAAUGUGUUUGUCCCUGAGAACGUGGCCCCCAACGCAUCCGUGCUGGUGUUCUUCCACAACACCAUGGGGCAGAGAGGGAGUGAAGGGGCCCUGGCUGUCGACGGCUCCUUCCUGGCUGCUGUUGGCAACCUCAUCGUGGUCACAGCUGGCUACCGAGUGGGCGUCUUCGGCUUCCUGAGUUCUGGGUCCGGAGACGUGAGGGGCAACUGGGGGCUGCUGGACCAGGUGGCAGCUCUGACCUGGGUGCAGAUGCACAUUGGAGCAUUUGGUGGAGACCCUCAGCGCGUGUCUCUGGCAGCAGACCGUGGCGGGGCUGAUGUGGCCAGCAUCCAUCUUCUUGCAACCGGGAACACCAACUCCAGACUCUUCCGGAGGGCUGUUCUGAUGGGAGGCUCUGCCCUCUCCCCGGCCGCUGUCAUCAGCCACGAGCGGGCCCGGCAGCAGGCAGCAGUGUUGGCGAGGGAGGUCGGCUGCCCUGUCUCAUCCAUCCCAGAAGCAGUGUCCUGCCUCCGUCAAAAGCCAGCCAAGGCCCUCAACGACGCUCAGACCAAGCUCCUCGCCGUGAGCGGCCCUUUCCACUACUGGGGUCCGGUGGUCGAUGGCCAGUACCUCCACGAGGCUCCAGCCAGAGCGCUGCAGCGGUUUCCACGGGAGGAGGUCGAUCUGCUCAUCGGGACCUCUCAGGACGACGGGAUCAUCAGCAGAGCCAAGGCCGUGAAGCGAUUUGAGGAAAGUCAAGGCCGGACCAGCAGCAAAACAGCCUUUUACCAGGCGUUGCAGAACUCCCUCGGCGGCGAGGACGGGGAUGCCCGCGUGGAGGCGGCAGCUACGUGGUAUUACUCGCUGGAGCACGCCACAGACGACUACGCCUCCUUCUCCCGGGCUCUGGAGAAUGCCACCCGAGACUACUUCAUCACCUGCCCUGUGAUCGACCUGGCCAGCGUCUGGGCAAAGAAGGCCCGAGGAAAUGUCUUCCUGUACCACGCUCCCGAAAGCUACAGCCAUGGCGGCCUGGACCUGCUGGAGGAUGUCCGGUAUGCCUUUGGGCUUCCCUUCUACCCGGCCUACGAUGGGCAGUUUUCUCUGGAAGAGAAGAUCCUGUCCCUGAAAAUCAUGCAGUACUUCUCCAACUUUGUCAGAUCUGGAAAUCCCAACUACCCUCACGAAUUCUCACGGAAAGCCCCGGAAUUUGCAACCCCCUGGCCUGACUUUGUCCCUCGUGCCGGUGGGAGGAGCUACAAAGAAUUCAGCCCUCAGCUUCCAAGUCGACAGGGCCUGAAGGAAGCCGACUGCUCCUUCUGGUCCAAGUACAUUCACUCUCUGAAGGCAUCCACAGAUGGCGUCAAGGACGGGCAGUCUGCAGCGAGUGAAGAGGAGGAGCUGAUGGCUGGAUCUGGUCUGAGAGACCUCCCAAGCCUUCCAGAACCCGGCUCCAAGACAUACAGCAAGUGA